AUGGCCUCUCACUGCAUAUUGCUGCGGCAUGGAACUCCUGUUCCAGAGGAGGAGGAUCCGGAGAGACCACUUUCGGACCAAGGGCACAAAGAUGCCGAAAGCACAGCGGGCGCUGUUGCUGCGUAUUUGCAGUCCGUGACAGCGGACAGAGAGGUCCUUGUCGCACACAGUGGCAAGCUGCGUGCGCGACAGACGGCGGAAGCCGUCAUGAAGGCCUUGCUGGCGGCCGGUUUUGAGGCAUCAUGUGAAGAACGGGUUGGGCUGAGUCCGAAUGACGAGCCCGCGGCAUCUUUGGAGCUCCUCGAGAGCGGUCCGUCAAAGGUGCUGGUGGGCCAUCUCCCUCACAUGGGAAAGCUUGCUGCGGCGAUGAUCAAGUCGCCUGCAGCUGCUGGGAGACUUGGUGGGCUCUUCCAUCCUGCAGGCGGUUUAGCGCUUCGCCGCGAGAAUGCCGACUGGGUCGAGGCUGCCGAAGUGGUUUGCGGCGAGCCAUGGCCUAAAGUUGCAACAAUCCUGACCGUCGCCGUGCCCGCGGAGGAGCGGCGAUCUUCGAGCGUCACUACGCACCGGCAAGUUCUCAUGCUGCCCAAGCGGCUGAAUGAGGCGUCCAGACCGACCUCGCAACGCGCAACCUUUCCGAGUCGACCGAGCGCCUAUGCGCAGGUCAUUGCUCAGUCACCACCCAGGAGCUCGCCAGAAUAUGCUGCUGUCAUGGCUCCGCGAGGACACAGCCUUCCUGCACCAGCGGGACCACCGCAAUCUCACAGGUACCGUCUGCAAGCAGGUGGACGCUUUGUUUAG